AUGGGCACGGCGGGACGCGAUUUUGAGGAACGGGAUCGCCGUGAGGAGGAACAGCAGUGCCGAAUUUGUGCCAACGAAGUGACCAGGAAAGACGGCGUCCACAUUUUUGCCGAGGAAGGCAAGAGGCACUACCUCCAGUCUAACAUACGUAAAUAUUUGUACAUUUUGGUGUCUUCCGAAGAUAAAUUGCCAAAGAUGGUUUGCAUAACGUGCAUUAAAAGGCUAGAGGGUAUUCACCGAUUUGCAAUGAUGGCCUGUCGAACGCAAGAAAUGCUGAAAUUAAAGUUAUAUGGAGUUUUUGAUAAUGCCGAUUCAACUCAAGAUAUGGACGUAGCAGCGAUCAGAGAUAUUCAAAAUUUGGGAAAGAAAAUAGAAGAAAAGGGCCUCUUGCAUUCAAUAUUAACUAAAGGUGCUAUGGAAAUGAUGAUUGAAGGAGAUUCUAUGGGACCACCAUCGGAAGCACUAGCGCAAACAGAUAGACAGCACACACCGAGCAUGGAAGAAAUGGAAGUAAAAGUCGACCCUAUGUUAUUUUUGCAGUGUGGCCUGGACGAUCCAUCCUCUGAAAUAUCAGAUAUAUCCGACAACGAAUACGAAGAAAAAGUACUAGAUAUGUCGCCGACAGAACCACUACCUCUAAUACACAAGUCCUUCUUGUCCCAAAUCAAUUUACAAGAUCAUCUUUGGUCUCACAUACCCAAAGACAGAAGAUUAGAACGAAGGGCUAUGUUAAAACCCCAUCAUUUUUCCACCAAUGGUGUUCUUCAAGUGACAGCCGACAGUAAUGCUAGUGGUAAUUUCAUCUGUCCCAUUUGCAGUAAAAGGAUUUCCACUAAAGGGAAUCUGAAAGUUCAUCUAGAAACUCACAGGCCGAAAGGGAAAUAUGGCUGUGAUAUCUGCGGUAGAAUAUUCAAAACACAGUCCAAUCUCUUUCGACACAAGGAGUAUCAUGGUGGUAUCCAAUUUCCAUGUAACGUUUGCGGAAGAGUCUAUCCAACAAAUUCAACGUUGCGAGCGCACAGUAUAACACAUUCAGAUUUAAGACCACAUGCCUGUCCUCUCUGCGACAAAACCUUCAAACGCAACCAGGACUUGAAGUUUCACAUAAAUCAACACACAGGUGCUAGGCCUUACCAAUGUCCAUAUUGUCCGAAAGCGUUUGCAAGUUCGGGUAAUUGUUUCUCGCAUAGAAAAAGAAUGCAUCCCCGAGAGGUGCACCGGGACAGACAGAGAGCUGCAGAUUUGAUGAGAUGA